UGGAAAAUUAAAAAGCUUAGAACUUGUGCGUCUAUGUUGGGUCUUCUCUCCAGACGCCGAUAGUCAGAUAAAGCGUAGAGCUUGGUUGUUUCAUCUCCCUCGUCAAGAAAACGACCAAUAACUAAUCGAAAUCGAUUUCCUUUUUCCUUUCAUUUCUUGGAUACAGUGUUAAAUAAUUUCUUGUGUUAGUUAUUCGCUUUCCUUUUCUAGAUCAUAUCGCUGAAAGAUACCCCAAUACCUUCCGUCUCUGCGAUAAUUAUAUUCUUAUUAUCCGUUUAGCGUUCAAUUAAGCUUCAUCUAUGUUCCAGAUAAACCCUACUACAUACGCAAAUCCAGAAUCUUGCCAGCAUCUUGCUGAUUAUAAGCUCAAACACGGUUUAAAUGGUUACAAAGCGAUCCAGAAGUUCCUCGCUACCUCCCCAACUGGGAAGUCUAGUGUCAAGAAACCCAAUACAAAGAUACCUAGAUGCGAUUACUGUAAUAGAUAUGAAGGUAGACUUUAUAUUUGUUUGAUUUGCUCUUCAGUCGCUUGUCUGGAUCAUACACUUGCGCAUCCCCAAUCUGAGCCUGGCCAUAGCAUGUUUGUAGAUACUGCAAGGGCAGAGAUCUAUUGUGGACUAUGCCGUGAUCAAAUCUAUGAUCCUGAUUUUGAUCAACUUGUGAUGUUUAAGCACUUAGCGGUUACGCCAAACAAUGAUUAUGGAAAUGAAAGCAUUGGACAAAGAUUGACCAAAAGGAGGAGGUCAGCUUCAGGCAUUGGAUCAUUGGAUCCGAAGAAAUCUAAAUGUGGCGUUCCUAUGACCGAUCGGCGGGAGAAAUCGUGUUAUCCGCCGGGUUUGAGGGGAUUGAAUAAUUUGGGAAGCACUUGCUUCAUGAAUUCUGUAUUGCAGGCAUUGCUUCAUGCUCCUCCUUUCAGCAAUUAUAUCCUGAGUGGUGAGCAUCGUCCUGAAUCUUGUCAGAAAAUAGCCACCGACCGGCUAUGUUUGCUCUGUGAUGUUCAUACGAUGUUUUCGGCCAUGUUUUCAGGCGAUCACAGUCCAUAUAGCCCCGCUCAGUUUCUUUACAGCUGGUGGCAGCAUUCAGAAAAUUUUGCAAGUUAUGAACAGCAGGAUGCUCAUGAGUUUUUCAUUUCGAUUUUGGAUAUGAUUCAUCAGAGAGAGGGCAAAACAACAAACAAAAGCAGAGAUAAUGCGGAUUGCCAAUGUAUUGCUCAUCGAGUGUUCUCUGGGUUGUUGAGAUCUGAUGUUACCUGUCUGGUCUGUGGAUUCACCUCAACAACCUAUGACCCUUGUCUGGACAUUUCACUUGACUUGGAUAAUGUCAACCGCUCUUUGGCAGAAAAGGGUACGAAGCUUCCCAAACGGAAUGAGGAUAGCAGUAUGUCAACACUGCAGGGCUGCCUAGAUUUAUUCACAAGGCCAGAAAAGUUGGGUUCUGACCAGAAAUUCUACUGUCAGAACUGUCAGGAAAAACAGGACUCUUUGAAGCAAAUGUCCAUAAGAAAGCUUCCCCUGGUUCUUUGCUUGCACAUGAAGCGAUUUCAGCACUCUUUUGCAAAGAAUGACGAGAAAGUAGAUCGCUACAUGCACUAUCCAUUUUCCUUAGACAUGACUCCAUACUUGUCAUCUUCAAUCAUCAGGAGCCGAUUUGGCAAUAGGAUUUUUGCUUUGGGAGGUGAUGAUUCAGAUAUGUUAUCUCAGUUUGAGAUUUUCGCAGUGGUCACACAUUCAGGGACGCUUGAAUCUGGUCAUUAUGUUUCCUAUGUACGUUUAAGGGAGCAAUGGUACAGAUGUGAUGAUGCUUGGAUAAUUGAGGUGGAGGAGGCAGUGGUCAGAGCUUCCCAGUGUUACAUGAUAUUCUAUAUGCAAAAAAACGCUACACAAUAAAGCAAAGAGGAUUUGAUUCAGCUUCCAUUCCCUUGGGAGAGACGUGUUUGUUCCUAUUUCUGGGUAUCAGGAAGGGAAUGCGGCUUCGUCGAUGGCCAGCUUGUUAAUGUGCAUCCAGAGCAUAUUUAUUUUCUGUAUCAUUGCCCGUUGCUUGGGUAGGACUGUCCAAAUUCAGUACUAGCAAAAGCUGUAUUGUGAAAAGCUGGUCAUGGAAAACAGAUGCAUGGUUGCCAAUUUGACUGUGAUGGAAUAUUUUUUUCGCGGUUAUUUCGUCAGCAGCAUUGACACACAGAGAUUAGUAUGAGAGGGAGAAUGAAGCAACCUAACUCCUUCAUGUUGGGCAAACAACUUACCAUAAUAUGCCUACUCAGAUUCGUUGAUUGCAGAUUACUCGUGUACAACAUAACUCGUAGCAGCUGAUUUUUAUGAGCAUUGUUGCCAGCAUUGCUACUUGCGCUCCACACAAAACGUGAGGAGAAAGAAGGAAAACUAACAUCAAAAGAGUUUAUUUGAGUAAUUGUCUUUUUCUCUCUAAGCUUUCUUCAUCACCAUCAUUCCUUUUCCUUGUU